AAAAAAAAAAACCUGCUGUGUAAUUUUCAGUCUAACCGCGUGGAGAUCUGUUGCUAAGGUUAGCUCUUCUGUGCUAGAAGAAGCUUCAGUGGAAACACGUCCGACACGAGGAGAUAGAAAAUGCCUCCAAAAGGAAAAGGUGGCAAAGGUGCUAAAGGGGCAGCUGCUUCGGGCAGUGGAGACAGUGAUAAGAAGGAGAAGACUCAGAAAGGAGGAACAGCUGUAAAGGUUCGGCAUAUUCUGUGUGAAAAGCAUGGCAAGUGUAUGGAAGCAAUGGAGAAACUCAAGUCUGGUAUGCGCUUCAGUGAGGUGGCAGCACAAUACAGUGAGGACAAAGCCAGACAAGGAGGUGACCUUGGCUGGAUGACAAGAGGGUCAAUGGUGGGACCAUUUCAGGACGCAGCAUUUGCUCUAGCCAUCAGCACUAUGGAGAAACCUGUAUACACCGAUCCUCCCGUGAAAACCAAGUUUGGUUACCAUAUCAUCAUGGUGGAAGGCAAAAAGUAAAUGGACUGAACAGCUUUUGCAUUUGAUUAAUCUACAACACAGGAUUUCACAGUCAUGGAAAAUUGGAUUUUGUUUUUAUAUAUGACCAUGUAAAUAGCAGCCAAUAAAAACUGAUCUCAAUAA